CUAUCCGGCACUAUACUAUAUUCCGUUCAAUUUUAUCUAUAACUUAUUGAGCCACACCGUCCAUCGUACGGUAUUAAUACCAAUUUAAUAUAGUGGAAACCUAAAACAUGCAAACCUUCUCAAUAAGACAAUUUAUAGAUAAAUUGAGAAAAAUAUAGAUAGCCCGAACUGGGAAUCGAACCCAGACCAUGUCGGUAUCGCGCCGAGUGCUCUACCAGUUGAGCUAUCCGGCACUAUACUAUAUUCCGUUCAAUUUUAUCUAUAACUUAUUGAGCCACACCGUCCAUCGUACGGUAUUAACACCAAUUUAAUAUAGUGGAAACCUAAAACAUGCAAACCAAUAUACAAUACCUAAAAGUAUACUAAAUACGAGCUUGUUCCCUGGUGAUUGCACCCCACACCAUUAACCGUAAUGCCUGAUGAUUUCAUACAAACUGAUAAGAGCCAUGUAUAAAUAGCCUGACGAAUUAAAUUACUCCAGAGUGGCAUGUACAUUGACACUGGCAUCAUGUCGAACAACAUUUUCCUGUUUGCAUUUUUCGCUCUCGUCGGCUUGACACGGAUUGAAGCAAUGCCUACUAAAGGAAGUGAAGGGACCUGGGACGUGGAUUACGAAGAUCAAGAACACACAGGCAUUACAUGCAGAGAAAACGAGCAUUACAACAGCACGCGGAUAGAGUGUGAAGAUGAGUGCAACGAUCGUAAUAACAAACUAUGCUACCGGUUCCAGCAAUUCUGUUGGUGCAACGAGGGUUACAUACGAAAUUCAUCACACAUUUGUGUAAAACUUGAAGAUUGCCUUAAGGACGAAGAACAGAAAUCAGAGACUUUAGCAUCCAGUGCCAACAAUGAUUCUUCAAAACGGCUUGAAGAUGAUCUAAAAUUAUUCUCACAUGAUUCGGUUUCACAUACCUCUUUAGAACCUGAAACGCAAGCACAGAAGUUUAACGGAAUAAUCGAUCAAGAAACUCUUGAUUUGGUGUUUGGAAAACCUGAAAACUCUUCGGCUGAUAAUAAACCCUUAGAAACUAAAACGCAAGCACAGAAGUUUAACGGAAUAAUCAAUGAAGAAACUCUUGAUUUGGUGUUUGGAAAACCUGAAAACUCUUGGGCUGAAAAUAAACCCUUAGAAACUAAAACGCAAGCACAGAAGUUUAACGGAAUAAUCAAUGAAGAAACUCUUGAUUUGGUGUUUGGAAAACCUGAAAACUCUUGGGCUGAAAAUAAACCCUUAGAAACUGAAACGCAAGCACAGAAGUUUAACGGAAUAAUCAAUGAAGAAACUCUUGAUUUGGUGUUUGGAAAACCUGAAAACUCUUGGGCUGAAAAUAAACCCUUAGAAACUAAAACGCAAGCACAGAAGUUUAACGGAAUAAUCAAUGAAGAAACUCUUGAUUUGGUGUUUGGAAAACCUGAAAACUCUUGGGCUGAAAAUAAACCCUUAGAAACUAAAACGCAAGCACAGAAGUUUAACGGAAUAAUCGAUCAGUAUACGAGAAGUAUAGUCUUCGUUUUUUAAAACAUAUAGAAGAGAGAAAACUUUUGUUUAGUUUUAAUGAGAACGUAAAUAGGCAAGAUAAGCUGGUACCGCUGACGUCAGUCCAAACCACCAGUAGGCAUCGUUAUCAUUUAAACCUAUACCGUAAACGAAUAACAGGAUAACCGCACAUGUUUUUAUGCACAUUGAAUGCCUAAAUAAAGGAUCGAAUACAGAAAAUUAAAAUUAAUGUUAGCUGCUGUUUAUACUAUAAAAGUAAGACUGUAUGCGUGAUUGAAGUCGCAUAAUCGAAUCCAUAUAUAAUAAUAUUUACCAUAACUACACUUAUUAGCAACUCAGUGUUGACUACGAGCAUACUGCAGCAUGUUGUUAAACAGGAUUCCUACUUUUUCUGGUUAUUGCAACCAUUAUUUGCGGUAUAAGGCCUUUUUUUUUUAAAGAAAAUAAAUGAUGAAAUAAAAUAAAUAAUCAUUAUCGAUCA